AUGAUCACUCUCACUCCACUUCCACUGCUCUUCCUUAUCUGUGUUUGUCUCAUCUGCUCUUCCUUGUCAGAACAAAUUACUGUUGGCUAUGGUUACACCAUUUCAUCUGCUAACAAUUAUCCCAUAAACAACUCUUUGAUUGCAAACCUUAACCUCAUCAAACCAUCCUCUGUUUUUGGACCUGACAUUCCACACCUCUCCCUCACUACCAGUUUUGAGAACAAGGAUAGGUUAAGAGUAAGAAUCACGGACUCCAAACACCAAAGAUGGGAAAUACCACAAGAAGUAAUUCCCAGAAACUCCUCUUCCCAUCGUUACCAUCUUCGCUUCCUCAACAGAAAACAAGAUUCCCCUCAGCCAGAACACUCUCUUAGUCUCACACAUCCAGACUCAGACCUUGUUUUCACUCUCCACAACACCACCCCAUUUGGCUUCACUCUCUCACGCAAAUCCUCCGACGAUGUCCUUUUCAAUGCCACACCAGACCCUUCCAACCCUCAAACUUUUCUUGUCUUCAAAGACCAGUACCUCCAGCUCUCUUCCUCCCUCCCACCACAAAGAGCCUCUCUGUACGGCCUCGGGGAACACACCAAGAGCUCCUUCAAGCUGCGACCAAACCAGACCCUUACACUGUGGAAUGCAGAUAUUGCAAGUGCCACCCCGGACGUCAACCUUUAUGGCUCUCACCCCUUUUACUUGGACGUCAGAUCACCCUCCUCUGAUGGAAGAGUGAAGGCCGGCACUACUCAUGGGGUGUUGCUGCUCAACAGCAAUGGAAUGGACAUUGUGUAUGAUGGUGAUCGCAUUACUUAUAAGGUCAUUGGUGGGGUUUUUGAUCUCUAUUUCUUCGCUGGAUCCUCUCCAGAACUGGUGUUGGAGCAGUACACCGAACUCAUUGGCAGGCCUGCUCCCAUGCCUUAUUGGUCCUUUGGUUUUCAUCAGUGUCGAUGGGGCUACAAGAAUGUAAGUGAUCUCCAGGGUGUGGUUGCCAACUAUGCAAAAGCGGGUAUACCCCUUGAAGUUAUGUGGACGGAUAUUGAUUACAUGGAUGCACAUAAGGAUUUUACAUUUGAUCCCAUCAAUUUUCCGCUGGAUAAGAUGAGAAGUUUUGUUAACACUCUUCACCAAAACGGUCAGAAAUAUGUGCUUAUCUUGGAUCCUGGUAUCAGCGUAAAUGAGACAGAUGCAACACAUGUUCGAGGUUUGGAAGCUGAUAUCUACAUAAAGAGAAAUGGAGUAAAUUAUCUUGGUGAAGUUUGGCCUGGACCAGUUUACUAUACUGAUUUUCUAAACCCCCGCAGCCAAGCAUUUUGGGGUGGGGAAAUAAAAUUAUUUAGGGACCUUCUUCCUUUUGAUGGUCUCUGGAUUGACAUGAAUGAGUUAUCUAAUUUCAAUACUUCUCCUCCUACUCCAUAUUCUAAUCUCGAUAACCCUCCCUAUAAAAUUAACAAUAAAGGAGUUCAACAACACAUAAAUUACAGAACAGUCCCAGCAACAUCUUUGCACUAUGGUAAUAUCACUGAGUAUAAUGCUCACAGUUUGUAUGGACUGCUAGAAGCCAAAGCAACUAACAAGGCAUUAGUGAAUAUAACUGGUAAAAGGCCAUUCAUCCUAAGUAGAUCAACUUUUGUUGGCUCUGGUAAGUACACUGCCCACUGGACAGGAGAUAAUGCUGCUACAUGGAAUGAUCUGGCAUACUCAAUCCCGUCCGUAUUAAAUUUUGGACUCUUUGGAAUUCCAAUGGUUGGAGCAGAUAUAUGUGGUUUUGGUGGAAAUACAACUGAAGAACUUUGCCAGCGUUGGAUCCAGUUGGGAGCCUUUUACCCUUUUGCGAGGGAUCAUUCGGAAAUAAACUCCAUCAGACAGGAGCUUUACAUUUGGGAAUCAGUUGCAGCAUCAGCUAGGAAAGUGCUUGCCCUUCGUUAUCGUCUUCUCCCUUAUUUCUACACACUAAUGUAUGAAUCACAUACUAAAGGGACACCCAUUGCACGACCCCUUUUCUUUUCAUUUUCAGAGGACGUCACAACAUUUGAAAUAAACUCACAGUUUCUAUUAGGAAAAGGGGUUCUGGUGUCACCUGUACUACAGUCUGGGGCAACCGCUGUUGAUGCAUACUUUCCUAAAGGAACCUGGUUUGACCUCUUUAAUGUCUCAAAUUCAGUGAAUGCAGAAUCAGGCAAGCAUAUCACUCUUGAUGCUCCACCUGAUCACAUAAAUGUGCAUGUUGGGGAGGGUAAUAUUUUGGCCUUGCAAGGAGAAGCAAUGACAACUGAAGCAGCCCGGAAAACUGCAUUUCAACUUGUGGUGGUUAUCAGUGGAAGUGGAAAUAGUCAUGGACAAGUGUAUUUGGAUGAUGGGGAGAACCUUGACACUGCAGGAGAGAAAGAUAAUUGGACCUUGGUAAGCUUUAAUGCCACAUUACACAACAAUAGUGUUUUUGUUACAUCUAAGGUCACUAAUGGAAGCUUUGCGCUGGCCAAAAGAUGGACCAUAAAUAAGGUGACUCUGCUAGGGAUACCUAAGCAAACAAUGGAUUUGGCAAGGAAAAAGUUUAUCAUUGUAAAGGGAACAAAUUCAACGAGGAAAGCAGCUGUGAAAACACAAUCUGAUAGCACUUACCAGUUUGACAUUGUGGAAGUUUCAAAAUUGUCGCAGCUUAUUGGAGAGGAAUUUAAGUUGGAGAUAGCAAUCAGGUAA